ACAUUUCAACGCAAUUCAAUAUCGUUGAAAGGUGGUUAACGAUGUUCAAUUAACUAAUCUUGUCAACAGAGCAACUCGCGUUAUACGUAUUGCCAGAUACACUAUUUUAAUGUACUCAGUGGCCACCGUACCUGCGAAAUAACUUGCUGAUUUGUUAUCAUGGAGAAUUUUCCAGUGGAGUACCCAGUUCUGUAUUAUGUUGAUGCUGUAUGGUUGGGCCUGGUUUCCAUUGCUGGUGUGAUUGGUAAUUUGUUGGCACUCUGUGCCGUGGCCACAACCCCGUCUCUUCGUACGUCCACCCAGCUUCACAUCACCAUCCUGGCUGCCGUAGAUUUCGUCGUGACGGCGGUGAUCGUGCCAUGUCGCAUUGCUACGGAGUACUUCUCGGGCCAGUGGCCUCGCCACGUGCCUUGGUGUCACUUCUUGGCCUAUCUUGCCAUCUUCUUCAUUGGCUUCUCGCUGCAACAGCUGACGUUCCUGGCACAGAUCCGCUACCUGCGAGUGACCAAAUCCGAUGCCGUGUACCGGAGAUUUACCUCCAAGCCUGCAGUAAUCGGCCUGCAAGUCUACGCCGUGUGCGGCACCUGUAUUGUGGGACUUCUCCCUCUGUAUUCCGACUUCGGUUCCGUCGGUUACAGUUCGAAGGUUCACUUUUGCAUAUUUACGGGACGUAACCAGCAACUGCUGGCUAUCCUGUCCAUUGUUUCGGCUCUGGGCAUGAUACCCAUGUUCUAUGGACUUACUUUCUUACACGUUCGCGCACACCGGAGACGAGUCGGUAACUGGAGAGGGCUGGGUGGUGGGAGUAUCCAACCGGAGAACACCGAGUUUCAAAGUGAUGGAAUGGCUUUGUCGGUAAUCACAACAGGACAAGCUACCGAAACACUUACGACCUGUCAACAUGAAAGCACCACAAGAGGCAACAACAGCUCAGGAGACCAAAGGCAUUUGACAGACAAAAUGACGAUAGAAAUACCAGCCACAGUCAAUUCAGCUGCCGAAGCACCAGUGAGCCGACCGGUACCGGCACCCAAGAACGCAGCUCGCGUUCGCCCCAAGAAAGGACCGACGAAGGAGAGCGUGAAAAUCACCAGGAAUCUACUGUUGAUAUUCUGUGCCUACAUUUGCUGCUGGCUGCCUUGGUGUAUCCUGAGUCUAAUUGAACCCUACGUCGAUGCCCCAGUAUCGGUUCACCAUGUGCUGAUCAAUAUGCUGUGGACAAAUAGCUGUAUCAAUCCGUACUUGUACGCCUCCAUGAGCCGGAAUUACAGAAAAGCCUUCAGAAAAUGCCUGGCAGUCAAUCGUCUUUUCAAUCGAUGAGAAGCCUUAAGAUAAA